AUGGCUGUAUCUGAACGAGACAUUCCUCGCCUUCAACAGAUCAUCAACGUUGCUUUACGCAAUGGUGCCAGCAUCCAUCAGAUAGUCAAUAAAUUAGAGGAUGCCCUUGAGGGUGCUUACCAUCCUCGGGGAUAUGAUGCGACUGACCUGGAUAUUGCCACCCUUGUCUACAGGCUUGGUGGUCGUCAACUUCUCUUCGCGCUAAACCAGAAACUUGCUAUCCCUUCCCUUCGCACACUCCGCACUCGAGCUGUCUUCACCGUUAUCACUCCCACAAUUGGGACCAUUCGUAACGAGCAUUUCGACAACAACAUUCAUGCCGUUGUUCUUAGUAGCCGCACGGAAUCUGUCUUGUGUGGUGUCAGUCUUAUGAUUGACGAGAUUGCACUUGAGGAGAUGGCCGUCCAUUUCAGCAAGUACAACAAGGUCGGCGGUCUAUGUUGGAAACACUCACACCUAGUCGAUCCUGUUCUCCGCACUUACGAAUCUGCAGUCAACAUUGCACAGAGGAUCCAUGAUGGUCAUGUCCAUCUGGGCAAGGAACUAACUGUUAUGGGGGCCUCGUGUUUUGGCCGGGACGAGAUAUUCCCCAUCUUAGCUGCUCCCACUUGCAAGAGCGAGAACGCCAAUGACAUGGAGCAGAUCCUCACUGAAGCAAUUGAUCGAUGGAAUGCCACUGGGGCGGCGGCGCAGGUCGGACCAGUCUGGUCAGUUGCCACUGAUGGCGAUGCUACUCGCCGUGCUGCUGGCCAUAGGCUGUUUGUCAAGAGUCCGCUCUCUGAGAGCUCGGAUUUGUACGGUACACUCAUCAACAUGCCGGGAUUGAAUCUGUUCACAGGCAAUAAUGAGGUGACACUUGAUUUCGACUUCAAACACAUAUUCAAGCGUAAGUAUAUGCACUCUCCUUCGAUCUCCGCGGGUGUCGUACUCAAUAACGGUCGCAUCAUUAACUCGAUGAUGCUUGCACGGUAUCUCGUGUGGCUACCUGCCUUUGACAAAGCAGCUGUCACCAAACUUCUCUACCCAGACGAUCCUCAAGAUGUCCCUCGUGGAGUCGAGCUCAUGUUUGCCAUUAUCAAGUUCUCCAAAUCUCAGCAUGCCAUUGUCAACGACUCGUUUUCGACCGAUAUCGACACUCGCGCAGAUCUCCAAUCAAUUGCUCUUCUUAGUGCUCUUCUAGAGUCCAUCCUCCUGCCUUUUACCAAUCUUUCUCUCUCCCUGUCCGAACAAUUCAUGCUGCUCAGUCGGUACUCUCAUCUUGCUUUCGCCUUCUUCCACGCGCAUUGA